AUGAGCUGCUGCUUGGGCGAGAUGAAGAGGAACCACUUGUAUAUGGAGAUCAAGGCGAGGAUAGAGAUGAGUCACCAGAGGAGGUGUGACCGGAGGUGGAGGAGCUCGAGGAAUACGUGCCAGUCGAGGAAGAGGCAGAAGAUGGAUCUUCGUGUGGUGGACCAUCAAUGGGAGUCGGAAUGGACAACUCGAGAAGCUUCAAAAAAUCCAAAUCUGGUGGUGUGGAAGGCUCUGAAAUAG